AUGGUUAAACCAAAAUCUACAGUGCCAAGUAAAAUAAGAGAACAUACAAGAUUUUACCCUUACUUCAAGGAUUGUAUUGGAGCUAUUGAUGGCACAUAUAUACCAGCAACAGUAAAGGGUCGUGAUGUAAGUAGCUAUCGUAAUCGCCAUGGAAAAAUUUUACAAAAUGUAUUAGCAGCUUGUAACUUUGAUUUGGAGUUCAUAUACGUGCUUAGUGGAUGGGAGGGUUCGACUCAUGAUUCAAAAUUACUACAUGAUGCUUUAUCAAGGAGGAAUAGACUUAAAGUGCCACAAGAGUCAAAUGAUGAAUCUCCAUCAUUGUUAUUAACACAAGAAACUGAAGAAAAUAAUUUUGAAGAGCUGGUUGAAAGUUAA